AUGUCGUCUUCGCCGCCUGAAUCGAUGAACAGAUACUGGAUUCCCAAUCUGGAUAUCCACAAAAAGGUCAUCACUCAGGAGCUUCAGUAUUACCUCGGACCCGACGCGAGCGUGAGGCCUUUUACUCGAGAGGGUGAAGAUGGCUUCUUGAUCACCACACCAGGACCUUGCCUGUCAGAUGAGCAAAUAGACGACAUAUGCGUCAAGUCGAAGCAGCUGUGGGAGAAACAGGCAGCAGCGCGAGCAGCCGGCAGUUCGAGCAAAUCCCUCAAGCGACCUCUUCACGCACCUGUAUCACUCGGGAAGUCGGGCGGCACCAGUGAAUCGUCCAGUAGACGGAGAAAGCCCAGAAGCCAUCGGGAUGACAGACGAUGA